AUGAAAAUUCUCAUUCUAGUUACAAUAUUAUGUGCACUACCUAGUUAUUCAAUAGAAUAUCCUGCUGGUGAAAUAGAAUAUAUAACGCCUCUUUUAGCGAAUUAUCGAUUGCCAAUUACAGGUCCAAUAAAUAACAAUAAUUCAAAUACUUUGUCAGUAAUAGAACAAAGUGGCGGUCUUCAUGUAUUCAAUGCAGCAAGUUAUCCAAACGGACCGAUAAUUUUUACGACUAAUUC